UGCAUGGAUUUGAUGAUGUUACGCCUAUUAUUUUUAACAUAAAGAUGAAGAUCAUGGAUUGCGUUGAAGGAAGAAAAGACGGAGAAAGAGGCGGAAGAAAAGAGAGGUAGAGAACAUGCGACUAAGAAUGCAAUCUACAGGAUAUACUAGGUUUGGGAGGUUAUUAUGGCAUUUGGAUAUGAGACGUCCAAAGUUACCCUUGCCCUUGAAUACUUGCCACAAUUAAGGCUUCCCUCUUUAAACGUGUAGAUCCAAUAGUCUAGGUAUACAUAGUAUGUGUAUUGCCAUACAUACUACACUUAGCUAAAUUUAUAUAUAUAUGUUGACCCACUAAACCACUGGUUAAAUCAAUUGACCCUGAUCCGGUAAAUUUACUGGUUUGAUGACCGGUCCGGUUUCAAAACAUUGAACAGAAGUACAUACCUCAUAUGUAGUUUGAAAUGUUUUCUCUUUUUGUUCCAAAAGCUUAUCUGCAGGUGACAUACUUGAAUGGGAUGGGUAUUCCGAUUGAAUUUCUGCUGAAGACUUUACUCCAGUUAAUCCAUUGGCUUUUAAUUAGUAUACAAUUGCUUCCUUUUUACUUCCUUUUUAUUUGAAAAACUUCAAAACUUCUAUUUAUUUUUGUUUUCUUUUAUUUCUUUUGCGACUAUGCAUUGAUGGGUGAGAAUUUAUCACUGAGAUGUUAGUUUGUUUUCUUGACUAACUAAUGGAUACAUGUGCUCUUGAAAUUACUGAGAUGUUUUCUUUUAUUUAGUGACAAAGCAUGCCGGCAGAUGUGCUCUUGAAAUUCAAAGCGUACCAAAAAUUGGAAAAAGACCGGAGUUACAUAAUUUUCUGUCAAUUUAUAAUCAUGGGGUUUCCAUCACAAUGAUGACUUUCUUGUCAUCACAAUGAUGACUUUUGAUUAAGCUUUAUGCCUUCUUCUUAGUUUGCGAAGAAGAAUGAAGUAGAUUUCCAGGGGUUUUCUUUCAUCAAGUCCAUGCUUAUUUUUCUGUGCUACAUGGUGGUUAGGCUAGAAGAUGAAAGGUUAUUACCACCGCUAGUGGGGGCGCCUCCUGUUGCAGUCUUGACUCAAGUUACAAGUAGCCCUUCAUCAACACAGCGGUCUAUAUAGACAUUGCUGAUUGUUUUAGCAGUCAUAACAAUCGUUGGUGUCAUAGCAGGUAUCAUUGCCCGAAUAUGUGGUGGACAACAUUUAGGAGAGCAUGACAUAGAAGGAUGGGUGGACAGGAAAUGCAGAGAUUGUGUAGGCUCUGGGCAACCUAGUCCACCGCCACCACUACCACUACCGCUAGAAGAAUCAAAAGCAACAGCUACUGUUAUUAGUAAAGCAGGAGUAAAGCAGUAAUGCGAGAGAGAGAAACAGAGUUAUUUCAACAUUCAGAAAAUUGGGUAAUUAUUCUCUGCUACGGUUUUCUAGCAAGUAUUAUUGUGAGGCGAUCUCUCUGUUAGAAAUUGGUUUUUUUUUUUUUUUUUUCUGAAACAUAAAAUUGGUUCUUUUUAUUCAUCGGAAGAUAAGUUAUAUUACUACUGAUUUGAUUAAGGCAUCUAUUUCGCUGGGCUAUUAGUAUGGUUGUCCUUACUUGGUUUUGCUUUGACCGGAAUCAGAGUUCAGGAACAUAAGAUGAGAAAACAGCAAUGAUUGAUUUUCUACAAUUCCUAAAACUUCUCAUCACUCUAUUUACUUUCCUAUAUUCACUCAACCACGGUUGGCUUGUCUCUGCUUACAGCCGAACACAUAUAGUUAAUUGUUACAUUGUCCAAUCAGCUCGCGGGUUAUAACCCCUUUAGGUUAUAACCCGUCCACAAAAAUCCCGUCCAAAUAAAAAUGACACAAAAAUCCCAAAUAUCAUAAACCGUCUAAACUACAAUUCAACUCAAAAGAAACCGACAAAACCACCUCCACUAAUUUAUUGCUUUAUAAAUUUUCAUAACGGACAAAAAUCUCAAAAAUCUCCGCUCUCUUCCGCAACUCCUUCAAAAGCAACCUAGAGAAUUCUCAGAUCUGCUCUAACUCCUUUAUCCCGUAGCGAGAUUCUCGAUUUCACCUUCUUCUCUUCUUCGAUGGUCACGUAUUUCAACCAUUGAAGCAAAAUCUGACCUAACUCCAUUCAUUUUUCUAACCAAAAUUGUCUAAAAACAACAAAAAUGGCGAAGAAAAAAAAUCAACAAGAGAAAAAGAAAGAUGAUAAGCUUAUGAAAACUGCGAAACCACCUCCAAAAGUAGGUAAAAAAAGAGAUACAGACCCGUACAGGUGUUCGUUGCAUCAUUUGUGCAAGCUAGCAGCGAAAUUAAGGUGUUGACAAAAAACAAGCAACUGCAUUUGAAAGCUCUUAAAUCAUGUCCAUUAUGGUAUUUCUUUGAGCCGUUCUAUGAUGGCGUAAUGAACGAAGAAGAGCUCAUCAAAAAGACAAAAGCAGUAAUGAUGUUUUUAAGUUCAAUUGAAAAUGAAGCAGACGACAUAGAUGAAGAGAUGGUUAAAAAGGUUAACAUCUUCGUACCUGAGUAUUUUAGUGGAAAUAAGAAGACGAACAAAGGCGAUAUUAAACGUCAUAUGUUGGAAGCCGCAACUGAUGAAACCAGAGCGGAUGACUUUGUCAAGUUUUUCUUCAUGUUCCUUUUGGUUUCGGUAUUUUUCCCCAACAAAUGUGGGCAAACUCUGGCAGAAAAUUACUUGUACAUGGUGUUUGAUAUGAAUAAGGUGUGUUGGCCGGAAGUCUUUCAUGACUAUCUACUUGAUUCGCUAAUGACAAACAGAAAAGACGUAGAAAAUGUAGUUGGUUGCGUCAUCUACCCGCUGUAUUGGUUGACAGAGAUGACAAAGAUCGCACAAAGAAAGGAUGGGCUAGACAAGUAUCCGAGGUUUGCUAGAUGGAACCUUAGCAACAUCUGCCAACAAGUAUUGUCUAACUUCGAGGAUCUUUUCGAAAAAACAGAACUUUGGUCUGAGGAGAAUAUUGUUCACCGAAAGGGAUCAUUCUUGCUUCAGUAUGACGAAAAGGAAAUGCACUUGGUUGAACCCAUAGAUGAAGUGGAUAUUGUUGUUGAAGACUAUGUUGAACCUGAAGUGCCUGAAAAUGAAGUGCCUGCGCCAGUUGAAGAAAAUGUUGGUGCUAGCAGUGAAGCUAAUAACUCCUACAAAGCCAAAUACCAAUGGGCACGAUCCUUGAUUGAAAAGUUUAGGACCAAUGCUCCAAAUGUUCUUUCCGAAGAAGAAGAAUCACAGCUAGCAAAAUAUGAUGCCGAGGACAGGGCACAACAACCGGUACAAAGCACUUAUUUGAGACGUAAAAGAAAACAAGCGAAUGUUCCAAUAGUACCUGAAGCGGUUUCGAACCGUGAAGAAGAUGUUGAGGUGAUAACAAGGGAUGUUAACAUGAUAGAUGCAUCGGUGGUGGAUCGCGUGAUAGAACAAGAAACAGUUUCGUUGCAUGAUGACAAUGCUGUGAUGGAACAAGGUGGGGUUUUGCUGCUUGGAGAAAAGGUUUCAAGUUUUGAAACACGGGAAAAUUCUGCUCAAGUGUUUGACAAUGCAACGAUGGGACAAGAAAAGUUUUCAUCCAAAACACAAGAAGAUGCUGCUCAAACUCUUGCAGAUUUUCUGAUGCAACCAGAAAAGGGUUCAACCCAUGGAGAAACACAACAAGAUGCGGAACAUCAACACGAAUCUGCAAAAGGUGAAGAUCCCAUUACUCUAGAUAGUGUCUUUUCAGAUGUUGACCUUACAAAUUUGUUAAAACAACUAGAAGGGGAAGCAAAAGAACAGGUCAUAUCUUCUUUAUCGAAGCCAGUCACCAAUGAUGAACAAGAAAGAGAGGGUACUGAGUUGACUCCAAAUACCAUUGAGGAUAUCAAGGUGGCUGAACAGGUGGAAUCUGAAAUGAAGAAAGCUUCUUCGUCGAAGCCAGUCACCGAUGAUGAACAACAAGGAUAGGGUACCGAGUUGACUCCAAAUACCAUUGAGGAUAUCAAGGUGGCUGAACAGGUGGAAUCUGAAAUGAAGAAAGCUUCUUCGUCGAAGCCAGUCAAGAAUGAUGAACAAGAAGGAGAGGGUACUUAGUUGACUCCAAAUACCAUUGAGUAUAUCAAGGUGGCAGAGCGGGUGGAAUCUGAAAUGAAGAAAUCUUCUUUGUCGAAGAAAAUUAUUGAAUAUGAAGAAAACGAAACUCAGUUUGUGAUUGACGAAGAUGCUAUUAGGAAAAUGGAAUCCGAAUACAAUAAGAAAGGUUGUUCCUCGUCAAAGCCAAAUGUUGGAAGCGUACACUACUACUAAGCUAUAAAAAUAGCGAAGGAUUUACUUGAUUUAGAAAAUGAGCAACCUGGAUUCGAUUUAGGACUGUCGCAGAGUGACAGCGAAGAGCAAGGACAAGGAGAAGUGAAUGCAGGAUUACACCACUGUGAAAAUAAGAAAGGUUACAGCUCGUAAGAGCAAGAAGAACAAGGAGGUGCAGGAAGUCCAGGGGGUGAAGUUGAAACCAGUUGAUAACUUGAAGAUCUUGAAGGUACUCAACAGAAAAGAGAAACCCGUCGUGACCACUUUUUUCACAAAGAACAAUGAAAGGUCAACGACGUGGAAGCAUUUAAAUCUUCAAUUAGCGGAUAUCGGGGAAGAUGAUGGAUAAUUUGAUGAGAAAGGGUGACAUCGCAGGAGACAUCAUUGAGUUCUACAUGUUGAAGCUGCAAAACAACAUAAAAAAAACGAGUUGAAACAAGAUGGUUCUCCAAAGUACAAGAGAGCUGUGUUUCUAAGCACAUUUGCCUAUACAUGUCACUCGUUAGGAAAGAAGUGUGGUGCUGUAAUAGAAGGUUUCAUCGACAACAUGGAUUACAGCGUGCAUUUUUUGUUCGUUCCGUUGCUGAUAAAAAUUGGAGAUGUCAUUGGACAUUGCUUUCUUUUGAUAUGGAAACCGGAGAAUUUUAUCACUACAACUCCUUGGAUUCCACAGAAGAAGAAUGCAGAAAAAGUGUUGAAAUCAUGAGACAACGCAUAGUAUUAGCAUUUGCACAGCACGACGCAAAGCUCCCCCGUGAUGAGCAGACAAGUCAGCCAACACCAUACACUAUGCACAACCCUAAAUGUUGUGAACAAAUGGGGAACAAUUGUAGCCUGCGUGUUUGCUACUACAUGAAGAGCCUCUUGAAAGGAAACAUGUCUACAGAUGAUAUACAAGAAAAGGUGCAUAGUAUGAGACCAAAGUUGGCGUUGAAGAUACUCCUUGACAAUAUAGAAUAAUACUCGCAUGUCGUGCCCAUCCUCUUGAACAUUCAGUUUUAGUUGAAGUUUAAAUUACUUUUGAAAUUGUUAUCGAGUAAU